AUGUUUCGACAAAGGACGAGCUCGCAGAAGCCUGGGGAUGAUCUGCUGGCCAAUUUUAGACAACAGUUCCCUGAGGUUGCCGCUGUCACUUCAUCAGCCGGUGCAGCCCAGCCAGCCAGCACCGCCACCGCUAGCCACCCCGCAGUUGCUGUUUCGGCGCAAGAAACAUCUCAAACUCUAAGCCAUGAGGCUUUUCGCGACCAGGACCCGACUCCUCGGGCAGCAGCGGCCAACGAGCCGUGGAGAUUCACGCCGUCCUUGCUAGACCCGGGCUCGUUUUCUUUUGCCAACUUUCCCCACCAAACCGGCGGGUACUAUACCCCUACCCCAGGAGGCACGAAUACACUUUACCAUCCUACCGCUGGCGACCUCCACACACCCACCCUCGGUCUGGGGAUUGGGGCUUGGGACACCGUUUUCCACCCUUUCAUGCAGCAUCAGCCUCCGCAACCGUCGUUUGCCCCAUCAUCGAUAUUCCGCCAGGAUACCGGGUACGAGACCAUGGACCAAGAUGACUCUCCCAUGAAUUCCGACCCUGCAGAUGAGCAUAUGGUGUCUAUCGACAGCAAAUUCCACGGCCAGUCUCCCAUGGUUGCCUUCCAGACAAGACAGUUUGGAAUGUCCAUGUCGGUUCCUCUCCCGGCGUCUGCGGAAAAGUUCCGCUUCCACACUGCUUUGAAUGCCCCAACAGCCAUGAUCAAGCAUGCCGACGAGAUUCCCGUGACAUAUCUCAACAAGGGUCAGGCCUAUUCGCUCUCAAUUGUCGAUACCAACCCGCCGAUGCCCAUGGCGCCUGGUACCCGUUUCCGCACCUUUGUCAGAAUCUCCUUUGAGGAUGAGCAGCAGAGACAAAAGCCGGGCGUGUGCUGGAGCUUGUGGAAAGAGGGACGCGGAACUAACGAGGCCCAUCAGAGAGGAGGAAAGCUGCAGGCUGUCGAGUACGUUGAGGCUGGACAGCCUUCCGAAGGCGACGAUAAACGGGCCCGUAUCGAGCUGGAGACUGCUUCAUUUGACGGCUUCUCCGUGGUUUGGACUCCGGGCAUCAACGGCGCCGUCGAGUGCAACAUUGCUGUCCGCUUCAACUUCCUCUCCACCGACUUUAGCCAUUCCAAGGGCGUCAAGGGCAUUCCUGUGAGGCUCUGUGCCAAGACACACAUCCUCCCAUCGGAUCCUUCCCAGUCACCACCGCCUUCGUCCCCUGAGGCUGAGAUCUGCUACUGCAAAGUCAAGCUGUUCCGUGACCACGGAGCGGAGCGCAAACUCUCCAAUGAUGUUGCGCACGUCAGGAAAACCAUCGAUAAGCUCAAGCAGCAGAUCGCCCAGGCCGAGAGUGGGAUGAAGGACUUUGGCAAGCGCAAGAGACCCAGCGCAGCGCAGUCCAAGAGCAGCUCGGCAGUCCAGAGACCCGGCAAGGUGCAGAAGCACAAGCGUACCUGGUCCAUGUCCUCAGCCAGCUCUGCUGGAGGCGGUGGCAGACCGAAUCUUGAGGAAGAUUUGCACUUCAAGCUACAGACUCUCCAGGACAUGUUUACCAGCACCCGUCCUGUGAGUGUCCUGUACCUUCGGGGUGACGAUAUUGACGACCCUGAUCUUCAUCCGGUGUCGCUUCCCGGAGAGCCCGUCGAUCUCACCAGGGUGGACACGGACCCGGCCGCUUGGAGAAGCGAACGUAGCUCCAUGGCUGGAUCUUCGCUGGUCUCGCCAUCACCGAGCUCACUUUCUCUUCAUUCACAGGCCUCUGUAGCCGGUAAGCCGAACUGGCAAGACUAUCAGAUUGGUUCCGAUGGUUCCGCACAGGGUGGCAACCAGCCCACCAAGGUCAGGAAGGUGGACGAAGCUGGUCACCUCACGGGGUGGAUUGAGGCCUUGGGCGUUGACUCUUCUUACCGACCACCACAGGAGCGCCCUCCCAAACCUGUCGCGUGUUUCUAUGUGGCGCGACGAAACUUCUCGGAGCCCUCUGGCCAGGAACUGCACCGUGCCGUCUACUUGAUGCAAAGGACGCUCUCCGAUUUUGUCGGAAGACUCUCUGUGAAGUACAACUUUGACGUUGGUAGGGUGAUCCGAACAGUACACGUCUUGCCUCGUGGCAUCGAAGUCGAGAUGGACGACGACGUCAUCCGCGAAAUUCCCGAGGGCCAGGACAUGACACUGGAGGUCAUCGAGACGGGCGGCUGUGGUGUCAAGCGCGAAUGGGAAAUGGCGGUCGACGCCCCUGGGGAGUCUGACAUGCCUUCCCCAUCCAACAACACGGCGCCACAGAGGGGUUAUGAGCUUCGAUUGCGGUAUUAA